AAGAAGAUGAAAUGAGAACAUUUGAUAAAGCAAAUUAUGCAUUUUUGAUGAUUGUUGAUUAUAUAGAUUGGAUUAAUUCGGGUAUUCCAGCUUUUUUUAGUGAUGGAUAUAUCGAAUAUGCUUGGAGACCUGAUAUGAAAGAUGGACCUACUUUUAAUUCUUUAUUAUCAAGAAUCACUGAAUGUUGUGAAAAAAAAGAUGAUAUUAAACCAUAA